AUGUGCCAUGUUAUUGUGACGUGCCGCUCCAUGCUCUGGACACUGCUCAGCAUUGUGGUGGCCUUUGCUGAACUUAUCGCCUUCAUGAGCCCUGAUUGGCUGCUGGGAUCCCCUCGGACGGACACCAGUGUAAAUAGGGAGUACCGACCAUCUCUCGGCCUCUACAGCCGCUGCCUUCAUAUUGGGACCUGGGGAAGAGGGGUGAGCUGCGGGCCCUAUGCCAGCUCAUUUGGAGAGGUGGCCAGUGGCUUCUGGCAGGCAGCCAUGUUGUUCCUGGCAGCAGGGACAUUAUUGCUUGGGGUCGUGGCCUGUAUGUCCAUCUUCACCUUGUGCUUCCAGAGCAUCCUGAAGAAAAGCAUAUUCAACAUCUGUGGACUGCUCCAGGCUAUCGCAGGCCUCUUGCUGAUGGUGGGUCUCAUGCUGUACCCUGCUGGUUGGGGUUCAGAGAAGGUGAUCAGCUACUGCGGCUCUGAAGCCUUGCCCUUCAGGCCGGCUCUGUGCUCCCUUGGAUGGGCGUUCUACGCAGCAAUUGGAGGAACGCUGGCUUCUUUCCUGUGUGCCGUUUUGUCUGCACAGGCUGAAAUUGCCACCUCCAGCGAUAAGGUUCAAGAGGAGAUUGAAGAGGGGAAGAGUCUGAUCUGCUUGCUCUGAGCCUUCACAAAUUACAGUAUCCUUGGUGUGGUUUCUCUGAUAUGGACACUGGCUCCUUUUAGUGGAAAGAGGAUGGACAUUUCCCUGAAUGUUUUUUAUGAUUCGUGAUGGCCUGAAUAAAAUCAGCUGAUUGUUGACAAAACAGAAACAGUUUUUUUCAAAUCUUGAGGCAUGAUAUUAUGUCCUAAAAACCACUGUAGCCUGAAUUUACCAAGAAGUAGGAAACCACAUAUUAUUCUCCUAACACAUCUUCAGGUUAAACAAAAAGGCCUUAGUACAGCAGCAGGCUAAGGAACAUUACCUGUUUACUCAUCUGUUGUGUUUGUCCAAGAUACUGUUUUAAUAAUUCUUGCUUUAAACAAACCAC